AUGGCUGAAAAUCUUGAAGAAGUCUUACCCCAUACAGAUCUUCAAACUGAGGAGAAUGUAGUGGUAGUAUCAAUACCCACAGACUCUGUAGACAACAUCCCUCUUGAAGGUCAGCUGCAUUGUGAAACUCUAUCCCCAGAUAUUUUGCCCUCAGAUAAUGCUGCGACAGAGGAUAUUGUAUUGGAGAAUCCCAGUGGUGUGUCCACCUCUGGACUAUCACUGGGGACGCCAUUGUUACAAUGGACCCCACAGCAAACCAUGUACACCAGUGCUGAGGCAAUACAACAAGAUAUCCAAAUACUGCUUGGAAAAUUGAGGGAAUAUGGACAAGAGAGCUUGCUUAUCACAGCUGAUAAGGAGGCAAUACGAAUGGAUGGAUCAUCUGGAGGGAAAGAAUUCCUCAAGGACCAUGAGGCUGUAGCUAGAUCAUUUCAUCAGAGGUGUUUUGGCAGUGAAGACAAAAAUUCAAGUGCUGAUGAUGCAGAUAUGAGUGAAGAUGCAGAUGAGAUGCCAUUUGAAGGACUGGAAGAUGGUGUUGCAGAGAAUGUAAUUACUGAAGUGAAAACACAAAACAGAAAACCCACAGCAUCAGAGGGGCCUGUCCUAAAGAAAAUAGUUCAUGAAUCAGCAAAUGAAAAAACAGAAAAAUCAGAAAUAUCUCCAGCACCUGUACGAAAGCGAGGAAGGCCACCUAAAAUUAAAACUGCAGUACCAAAUGAAGACCAACAGUCGGAAACCAACAAGGGAAUUGAAACAGAAACUGCCAAAAAAGAAAAUGUAACUGAGAAAACUCCAGUGAGGAAAAGAGGAAGACCACCCAAAAAUCGGGAUACAGAUACCAAAACCCUGGAGACAGAGACGACAGAGAAGAAAGAAGAAAAAUUGGAGGAAACUGAAGGUAGCCCUGUCAAGCUGCCAUACACUGGGAAGAAAAGGGGAAGGAAACGAAAAGAAGAAGUGACUUAUAUAGAGGAGGAGACAGACAGCAGCUCAGGGGGAAUCAGAAGAAGCAGUCGUCCAGUAAAGAAAAAGAUAAAAGAAUCUCUGGGUUAUGCACCACCUAAAGAGAAAGGAAGAAGAUCUGGAAUUGGAGCUGGGGACUUAAAGAUCAGAAAGGUACCUCUAAUUAAAGAUGCUGCCAAGGACAAAGGAAACGAGGGAUUGGAUACAGAUGAAAAUCAGACUGACAAUGAUGCAGUUGAUGAGUUAAUUACGAUGUCAAAUGAUGAAGCAAGUGAAAUGGUCGAUAAUGGCAGUGAGAACAUUGAGACAUCAAACAGGCUAGUGUGCAGCAAUUGUGGAUUUGCUGCAGAUUCCCAAGAAGUCAUGGAGAAUCACAUUCGAGUGGAACACCCAAAAAUAUGGGCUCAAAUCCUGAUUGAUGAUACCAAAAUCUUGCUUGCUCUUGGAAAAGAUCCGCUAAAAGUGCAGAGGCCAAAAUGUGAUGAUACGCCAUUGAAGAAAGAGCCACCAAAGGAAAAGAAACCAGAAAUUGUUAAAAAAGAUACCACCACUAAAGCACCAGUCAUAAAGAAGAAUAAAUUGCCAUUGGAACACAGAUCAUCUGGUCACUAUAGCUGCACUGUGUGUCAGAAAAAAUAUAAAACCAUUUGUUUACUAAAUGCUCACAUGGGUUUGAUUCAUAAAGAUAGGAGAUAUGCUCAGAUUAAGAGAAGGAAAGAGCUCAUAAAAUACAGGCAGAGAUUAAUUGCUAUGAAGAAAAAAGUAAAGGUAGAAAACAAAGAAGAGAGUACCACAGCUGAUACAACAAAGGAGGGUGAGCAAGAGGAAGAUAAAGAAGGUUCAGUUGAGGCGGGAGAAGAAGAGGUGAAAACUGAAGUCACAGAAAAGAAUAUGGAGGUGAAAACUGAACCCAUUGAAGAAGAAGAGGAAGUACGAAGAUCAAAGAGGUCCUCACGGAGAAAAUCCAAAAAACUGGACGAUUACGAAACAGAUCUGCCAGAGCUUUACAGGUCAGAUAAUGAGGAAGAAUUAGACAUGAAGGCCCAUUAUGAUGAACCUUUUGCUUGUACUCUCUGUCUGAAAGACUGUGGAAGUGAAAGUGGAUUAGCUGAACAUUUGAAGAGAACCAAGCAUGAUGAGAUGAAAGUCACUCCUUUUCCAUGCUUAACAUGUAAUCGUUUUUUUCUGACAAUGAAAACCCUGGAGCUUCACAUGACACAAUCUGGCCAUAUGGGAGAGGAGAUGGGUAGUUUAGAUGGAGAAAUUGAAGUCACCAGGCAAUCUUCCAUGUCCAAAAGGGGGAUUUUAUUGUACAUAUGUUCCCUCUGUAAGCGUGAGUUUGUUAAAAAGGAGAACUGCCAAAAUCAUUGUGCAAUGAAAGUCUGCAAAAAGCCGUGGAAAAAAUCUUGUCCAAUUGUCACUUGCAAGAAAUUGUUUUUUGAGAACAACAUGUUUUUCCACCACAUGACUACAGAACAUAGAGAUGAGUUUCCAUUUGUGUGCCCAGUUCAAGGAUGUAAGCGACUUUUCUUCCACACAGCUGCCUUGAACUCCCAUAUUGCAGCACACAAUUCCGAGAAGGAUGGCCAUGUCCCACCACCUAGACCUAUAGAGGAUGGCAGAAAGAGGUGUGGCUACUGUGGCAUGUUGUUCACUUACAAUGAAAAUCUGCGACAGCAUGUCAAGAGAAUUCAUGAUAACGACUUAUUUGGACAGCACAAGGAAAUUGUAGAGCAUAACCAAGCUACUGAACCUUUCUCAUCAAGUAAAAAAUUUCUUAAAGUGGAGUCUCAAAGGGGAGAUAAAUCUAAGGAUGCAGACGAUGUGGAUAAAAUUGAUACCUUCAAAAAGAUGGACAAGCGGCAAGUUACAAUUCGCAAUCAUGUCAGGGGGAAGGAGUUCAAAUGCUACACAUGUGACGAGACCUUCAGUCAUAUUGAUGAUGUUGGUGACCAUAUGGUGGACACUGGUCAUUGUGGACUUCCUUUAAGUGCCUUGGAUGGCAAGAGAGAUAUCCGAGUCAGAAUACGUAAUACAGGUGAACAGUGUUAUGUUUGCACUCUCUGUAAAAUGGAAUUCAAGAAAAGAGAUGGAUGUGAAAAACACGUUGAGGCUGCAACCUGUAAGAAGAAAUACAAACGACUGUGUCCUAUUAUGAACUGUAGAAUUUUGUUUAGGAACUUUAAUUAUUUCAAAGCACAUAUGUCAACCAUGCACAAAGAUGAAUUUCCCUUCAAGUGUGAAGUAUGCAGUAAAGAAUUUGAGCAGACCUCUGCAUUGAAUUCACACAGAAACUCCCAUUACAAAGACACUCAUCACAUCCAGGCAGAUGUACUGAACUCUGACACUCCAAUGACCUGCCACGUCUGUAAGGAACGAUUCAGAAAUAACAAAGAAUUAAGAGCACACAAAGAAGCAAAGCAUGAAAUCAACAGGAGAUACAUGUGCGAUAUCUGUGGUAAGAAGUACAAAAGGAAGGAAAAUCUGAAAGAUCACAUUUUUAUGGUACACAAGAGAGACCCUACAAAGGACUUUGUAACUUGCCCAACCUGUGGAAAAGCUCUUGCCAGUCAGAGAUCUUUGAAGUUCCACUUAAGAUUUGCACAUUCAGAUGCCAAACCAUGUGUCUGUGAAAUUUGUGGAUACAGUACUAAACAACUGGGGAACCUUGCUUUUCACAUGAGAAACACACACAGUGAUGUGAGACCCUAUGAAUGUGAGUGGCCUGAUUGUGGAAAGACGUUUAAAGACCGACAACUCUGGCAGAGACAUUCGCAAAGACAUGAACUGAAUGUGGGCAACCUGGAAAAAGCCAAGACAUAUGGACCAGUCUUCAUAUGCAAGAUCUGUCAGAAAGGAUUCUGUGGCAAGUAUAACCUGGAGAAACACAUGCUGUGUCACACAACAGAAUGCCCAUUGUCAUGUAAUUUAUGUGGAAAAGGAGUAAAAAGAAUGAGCAGUCUGCGCAGACACAUGAGAAAUGUCCACCAUUUUGAUCCCAAGACAAAUACAUCCAUGGUAACUAAAACCAUUAUCAGAAAGCCCAAAGCAUUGAUGAAGAAACAAAAUGUUCUGGAUUUGGCAUCGGCAACACUAGAAGAACAAGAAUCCAUUGAAGUAGAUUUCAAAGAGCUUUCACAGAUAGACUACCAGUUUCAUUCAGAUGCUCAGCAGAAGCUGCAACAGAUACUGACACCCAUUGUAGAUGUUCCGGUGACGUCUAUAGUGACUGGGGAAUCCCCACAGAAAGCAAGGGAUUACCUUUCUGAGGCACAGAGUCAAGUCAGCCUUCUGGAAUGUUCGGCCAACGCAACAGAAAACGUCAUAGAGGAAGCAGUAGAUGAAUCCCAGAUUAUCAUUGAAAAUGCUGGCGAGCAGUACAUCAUCAUGAACCCUGAUGGUAACAUCUCCAAUCUGGAACAGCUGGGCAGAGAUAUUAUUCUGGCAGUGAAAAAUGAAGAUGGAUCCGUUUGUUUUCAAAUGGUUGGAAAACAGUGAAAGAACUUUUUUUUUAAAAUUUCAUUUUGGUUACCAAGUUGAGCUUUUAUGUAAAGAAUUACCGGUAGUUAAGUAAAAAUUGAUUAUUUUCUAGAUACAUGUAAUGUUUAAGUACAUGUAUUUCUAGUUAGCUUGCUGUGUAGCAUUGUAGUAUAAUUAUCAUGUUGAUAAUAAACACUUUGCAGAAAAUUUU